CCUCCUCGUCGCGCACCCACCAACACGCGCCAGCACCAAAUCCUGACGCAAAUUUCCCAGCAGACCCCAACUAGUCAAAAGCGCCAAAGGACGCCCCCAAAGAUCAAACCCCAAGAAAUCCAAGCACCCACUAUUUUUCCCACCCCAUCCAUCUCUCUCCAUCGAUCCAAAUAUUCCUUUAAUUCUUUUCCUCCAUCACACAAGUCCAAGCGACUCGCACAAACAAACGCUCCUGCAAAGGGAAAAGAAAAGAAAAAGAAAUACAAAGCCUGAGCCCUAAGCGGAAAAGGAAAAAAAAGGUUUGGUUUUUAUUAGCAGCGCAGAAUGGCAGCGAUCCAACGAGCCCGAACCCAAUCCCCAGCGCCUCUCGUGGGUAAUAAUCCCAGUUCGAGCAGUAGCCCCGCCUGCUUGCUGUUCCUGCUGCUUCCCCAAUCUCAUCCCCCCAUUCCCUAUCUCCACCGUGUUGUGUGUCUGCCCGUGCGCCUCACCAACCUAUUGUUCGUGGUGUUCAAGUUAUUGUUGGUAUCAUUAAUCCCUCCCUCUAGCUGCUGCUGUUGAUAUUCUUCGGCGCGGAGAUCCAGCCGCACAUCGAUUCGCCUUUUCCCCCCUUCGGCGAGGCGGGGGGCCGUAUAUAGGGAGCGAGUGCGGCUGGCAUUCGGUGCGGGCAGACGCUACGAGGAGGGGGUGAAAAGGUUGGGGAGUUUCGUUUCUGCGAAUCGCUUUGUGCUCACGGAGGUGUUCGGAUCUAGGUUUCGAGGCGCCCGAUCGCCGCCAUGGACGCCGGCGGCGACGGGGACGGCGUGGGGAACGCGGCGCUGGAGGUCCCUGCCACCGCCGAGACGCCCCCGCCUCCCGCGCCCGCGGCGGCCCCGAUCUCUGCGUCCGGGGCGGGCGCGGGGGCCUCGGGGUCUGGGGAGAAGCCGGUGAAGCGGAUGAUGAAGAGCCCCUACCAGCUGGAGGUUCUCGAGAAGACAUAUGCUGCGGAGCAGUACCCGUCGGAGGCUAUGCGGGCGGAGCUGUCAGCGAAGAUAGGGCUGUCGGACAGGCAGCUGCAAAUGUGGUUCUGCCACCGCCGACUCAAGGACCGGAAGCCACCAUCGAAGCGGCAACGGCGGGACGAAGAGGCUGCACUAGCACCAGUAAUGGCACCACCGCCGGUGCUGCCGCUACCAGCGAUACCACUGGCAAGCAGUGACCUUAUGGUGGGCGUGGCUGGACCGUAUGAUGAGCCACUGCACCCAACUCACUCGCGAAGGGCUGCCGGGCGGUCCUCAGCAGUGCCCAGGAUUUCCAUGCCAGAUAUUGGGAGGAGGUAUUAUGAGCCACCACCAGUUAUGCUACCGCCUCCCGUGGCAUCGAUGCAGCUCGCACAAUCUGAGCUCCAUGUGAUCAAUUCUGUGGAGUCACAGCUUGGGGAACCGUUGAGGGAGGAUGGUCCAGUGCUUGGCAUUGAGUUUGAUCCGCUUCCUCCUGGCGCCUUUGGUGCACCAAUUGUUCCAGAGCAACAAAAGCAGCCUGUGCGAUCUUAUGAUACGAAGAUAUUUUCUAGGCACGACCCAAAGCUCUUAAAGGCGUCGGCAUUCUUACCUACCAUGGAUCCCCCUUUUGUUCCAAAUUCAUUUUCUGGGAAGAGAAAAUCAACGGUUGGUAAUCGACCCAUAGGUCAACCUCAUGUUGGAUCACGGGCAGUUCAUGAGUACCAAUUUCUUCCUGAGCAACCAAGUGAUACGUAUGAGAGGGCAAGCCAAUCUCACUACUAUGACACUCCAGUGGAAGUUUCAAAUUCAAGGAUAUCUCCUCUCACCUCAGGAUCACAGCUUCUCCAUGGAUCUGAGGAGGCCACACCUAGUUAUGCUUUUCAAGGUCAAACAUCUGGUUCUGGCCUUUUGCCUCAAUCCGGCAGGCCUCUGAUGUUUCCAGCGGUACCAGCAGAUUACGAGAUGACUCAAUCUAAUAGCAACCUUAAUUCUGUUCCAGUUGAAGGCCAGUUUGGUAUUUCACAGGUUGCUGGGUUAGAAAACUCACUUAUAUCAUCUGAAAGAAGAGUUUAUCAUGAUGAAGAUGCUUCUCGAGUGGACAGAAAACGAAAACAUAGUGAAGAAGCAAAGAUUGCAAAGGAAGUUGAAGCUCACGAAAGGCGAAUCAGGAAGGAACUUGAGAAACAAGAUAUGUUGAAUAGAAAGAGAGAGGAACAGAGGCGCAAGGAAAUGGAGAGACUUGAUCGUGAGAGAAGAAAAGAAGAGGAGAGAUUGCUGCGUGAGAGGCAGAGAGAAGAAGAGAGGUUCCAAAGAGAGCAAAGGCGUGAAAAUGAGCGUAUGGAGAAAUUUUUGCAGAAGCAAUCUAGACGAGCAGAGAAACAAAGGCAAAAGGAGGAACUCCGAAAAGAGAAAGAGGCUGCAAGGCAAAGAGCUGCCAAUGAAAGGGUUACAGCACGCAGAAUUGCACGGGAGUAUAUGGAAUUGGUGGAAGAUGAGCGCUUGGAACUAAUGGAAUUGGCUGCACAAAGUAAUGGGUUGCCCUCAAUGCUUCAUCUUGACAGCAACACAUUGCAGCAGCUUGAUUCCUUUCGAGGCAUGUUGAGUCAAUUCCCUCCUCAAACAGUGAGACUGAAGGUGCCAUUUUCAAUAAAGCCUUGGAUUGGAUCCGAAGAUAAUGUUGGAAAGCUUUUGAUGGUGUGGAAAUUCUUGAUUACUUUUACCGAUGUUUUGGGGCUUUCUCCAGUUACAUUUGACGAGUUUGUUCAGUCUCUUCAUGAUUAUGAUUCAAGGUUGUUGGGGGAACUGCAUGUUGCUCUGCUCAAAUCCAUCAUAAAGGAUAUUGAGGACGUUGCUCGAACUCCAUCGGUUGCAUUGGGGGUGAAUCCAGGAGGUGGCCAUCCACAAAUUGUUGAAGGGGCAUAUGCUUGGGGAUUCAAUAUACGUAGCUGGCAACGCCACCUGAAUCUUCUAACAUGGCCUGAAAUAUUACGACAGUUUGCUUUAUCUGCUGGUUUUGGACCUCAACUAAAGAAAAGGAACGUCGAAGAUGCUUAUUAUCGUAAUGAUAAUGAGAGUCAUAAUGGUGAGGAUGUUAUAUCGACGAUCCGAAAUGGUUCAGCAGCUGUGAAUGCCGCAGCUUUAAUGAAAGAAAGAGGCUACACCCAUCGCCGUAGAUCUCGGCACCGUCUUACUCCUGGAACUGUAAAGUUUGCUGCUUUCCAUGUGCUAUCUCUUGAAGGAAGCAAAGGUCUCACAAUAUUGGAAGUUGCAGAGAAAAUCCAGAAAUCUGGACUGAGAGACCUCACAACAAGCAAGACACCUGAAGCAUCCAUAGCUGCUGCCUUGUCCAGGGAUACAAAACUUUUUGAGAGAACUGCGCCUUCAACAUAUUGUGUGAAGUCGACUUAUAGAAAAGACCCAGUUGAUUCUGAGGCUGUGUUGUCAGCAGCACGUGAAAAAAUUAGGGCUUUCCAGAAUGUGCUUUCAGACUCUGAAGCUGAAAAGGAGGCGGAUGAUGCUGAGAGGGAUGAAGAUUCUGAAUGUGAUGAUGCUGAUGAUGACCCUGAUGGUGAUGAUGUGAAUACUGAGGUAGGAGAUGACAAGCAUCCCCAUCUUGCUGUUGAGGCACAAGAUGGCGUACCAACUACAACAACAGUUGGUGGAAUAAAGACAGAGCCAGAUAGUGUGGGUAAUGUAUUGAACCCACCAAGUUGUUUUACUAAAUCUGCAAAAGGUGCUGCCCUUCUUUCUUUAGGCAACUCCAAUACUGCAGGUGCUUCAAGUGAUUCACAUCUUGGAGCCUCAUCUGAUUAUCAUAAAGUAAACCCUGGUGAUUCUGAAGAUACACAAAUUGACGAAAGCAAUCAAGUUGAACCUUGGGUACGGGCACUAGCAGAAGGUGACUAUUGUGAUCUUAGUGUUGAAGAACGCCUUAAUGCACUGGUUGCGCUUGUUGGUGUUGCCACUGAAGGGAACUCUAUUCGCACUGUUCUUGAGGAACGCUUGGAGUUAGCAAAUGCCUUAAAGAAGCAAAUGUGGGCGGAGGCGCAACUUGAUAAGAGGCGUUCCAAGGAAGAAUUUGCUAGCAGAAUUCAAUGUAAUUCUUACAUGAGUUUUAAGGCUGAUAUUAAUCAAGAAAACAAUGCUACAGAGAGUACUACAACUCCAGGCUUUAAUGCUGAUAAGGAGAAUGAUGGAAAUAUUGGGGCCAUUAACAAUUGUGAGAUGCUUGAUCAGCAUAGUCAGGGUAAUGCUGGCGGUAUAUCUUAUGAGAGGAACGGUGUAGGCCUGGAAAUCGGUGCAACCCCAGAUAAUUUAGCUGUUCAGCAGUAUGCUUAUGCUGACAAAACACGAUCUCAGUUGAAAUCGUACAUUGGUCACCGGACAGAACAGUUGUAUGUCUACAGAUCCCUGCCCUUGGGUCAGGAUCGGAGGCGAAAUCGGUAUUGGCAGUUUACAACUUCGGCAUCACCAAAUGACCCUGGCUCAGGAAGGAUAUUUUUUGAAUCCAAAGAUGGAUAUUGGAGAGUUAUAGAUUCAGAGGAGGUCUUCGAUUCUUUAGUAGCUUCCCUUGAUACACGUGGCAGCCGGGAGGCACAGCUGCAUUCAAUGCUGCAAAUGACUGAGCCGACAUUUAAGGAAGCUAUUAAGAGGAGGAGUGCAGCUGUAGAGCAAUCUGGUGGAAGGUAUCUAAAGAACGGAGCUACUGACAUGAUAAGGGCAAAUUUUCAUAGUGAGUUUGGAAGCCCAAGCAGUACUUUUAGUGUUGCAUCUGAUAGUGCCACGGCAUAUUCUGAUUCCUUCAGAAUAGAGCUGGGACGUAAUGAUUUUGAGAAAACUGCUAUUUCAAAAAGGGCAGAUGGAUUUUUAAAAUGGAUGUGGAGGGAAUACUACAAUCGAGAAUUGACAUGUGCUGUGAAGUAUGGCGAGAAAAGAUGCUCUGAGUUGAUGCAUUCUUGUAAUUUCUGCUAUCAGAUAUACUUAGCCGAAGAAAGGCACUGUUCUUCAUGCCAUAAGACCUUCAAAUCCAUUCAUAAUUUUUCUGAGCACACAGCACAAUGUGAAGAGAAGUCGAGAACUGACCCUAAUUGGAAGAUGCAAAUUGCGGACUAUUCUGUUCCAAUACGAAUGAGAUUGCUCAAGGUGCAGUUAGCGUCCAUUGAGGCCUCAAUACCAUCAGAAGCACUUCAAUCGUUUUGGACUGAUGUGUAUCGGAAAUCUUGGGGUGUGAAGUUGUACUCUACCAAAUCUAUUGGCGAAAUAUUCCAGCUUUUGACUCUGCUGGAAGGUGCAAUAAGACGAGACUACCUCUCUUCUGAUUUUGAAACAACAAGCGAGUGUCUAAACUCAAACUCACAGGAUAUUCCAUCCCAGAAUCCUUUAGGACAGGCUGGAUCUGCUGCUGUGCUUCCAUGGGUUCCUGACACUACCGCUGCUGUCAUGCUCCGAAUGUUGGACCUAGACUCUGCUGUUUCGUACAUACAAAAUCAAAAGACGGAGAGAGAUGGUGGAGAUUUCAUGAAACUUCCAUCAAGGUAUACAGUUGCUAAGAGCACGCAAGAAACAGCUCCACUUGAACCGAUUGGUUUUGAUCUAUAUGAUGGAAGGUGGCUUCCCAGUAGUGGCCGUAGGGGUCGUGGACGAGGAAGUAGAGGAGGUAGCAGGGGAGGCAGGGGACGAAGUCGAGGUGGAAGGGUCCCAAGGGGUAUUAGCAGCUCAUCUAGGAUCGAAUUUAAGGAUGACAAUGUUGCGUAUGAGAAAGCGCCAAGGAAGAACACACGUCGAGGGCGUACACGUGGCCGUGGUGGUCGUGGAAGAGGACGUCGAACUGUUAGGUCUCGGCAGCCAUCUGAGGGCAGAGCCAGAUCAAUUCCAAAGGCAAAUUUGUUGGGAAGCUUUAGCAUGCUUAGCAGCUCAAAGCCUACUGCUGUUGAGGAAUCUCCACAGAGCUCUGGUGCGGAUGAGUGGGGCUUGGAUAACAGAAGGCCAUAUAUUUCAGGUGAUGAGAAUAGUUCUGGAUCUCGGUCAGAUCGGUCGGAAGAUAAUGAGGAAAACGGCCAACCCAUGGACGAGGAAUACGAAGAGCAAAUACCAGAUUAUUCCAUAGGCUAUUCUGGAGGGUCCACGCCCCAUGGAAUGAUGUCCACGAUGGAUCAUGAGACUGACGAGGAGGAUGAAGAUGCUGAAGGUGAUGGAGAGGGUGACGAGUAUGUGGAGGAAGAUGACGCAGACCAUGCUGUUGACGACGUCGAUGGUGAGAUGGACGAUGAUGACGAGAUGGCUGACGAUGGAGAUGGAGAAGACGGCGGUGACGGAGUGGAGAUGAAUGCGGAUGAGGAUGAAGGUGCUACCUCAUAUUCGUCCGACUACAGUGAAUAAGAGAGGCAGGAAGAAGGGGCCUUAUCCGCAGAUCUUCCAUGGACACCUAAUUCAAAUAACACCGGACGCACAUCGCCUUCCUUCGUGGGUUGAAAAAAAAAUGCUUAGAUUCGUUGUUUAAAAAGAAAUGCGAGAUGCGUUCAUGUGAAAAGUAAAAAAUAGGCUAGAUGCGGAGUGGAGAAACUGGUAAGUGGUUUCUGUGGUUUUUCUUGCGCAGUGUUGCUGCCUAGACAAUCGACUAGUGCUAAGAUGUACCUGGGUAGUUAUGCCGUUGGGGCAAUUCCCCUAGUUGUACUAUGUACCCAAGGCAAAGUAUAAUUAUAUCGCAUUUUGUUGCCUUGCA